AUGAUUAGAACUGUUGGAUCCCUUCGUGUCGGCACGUUGCGUCUUGGCGCCAGCCUUAUGUCUAAGGCUCGCCCUGCCUUCAGAACCUACGCUGCCUUUGACCGUUCCAAGCCUCACGUCAACAUCGGUACCAUCGGCCACGUUGACCACGGUAAGACCACUUUGACCGCUGCUAUUACCAAGGUUUUGGCUUCCAAGGGUGGUGCCAGUUUCUUGGACUACGGUUCCAUUGACAGAGCCCCUGAGGAGAGGGCCAGAGGUAUCACUAUUUCCACUGCCCACGUUGAGUACCAGACUGAUAAGAGACACUACGCCCACGUCGACUGUCCUGGUCACGCUGAUUACAUCAAGAACAUGAUUACCGGUGCCGCCCAGAUGGACGGUGCCAUUAUUGUUGUUGCUGCUUCCGAUGGUCAGAUGCCUCAGACCAGAGAGCACCUUUUGUUGGCCAGACAGGUUGGUGUCCAGAACUUGGUCGUUUUCGUUAACAAGGUUGACACCAUUGACGACCCUGAAAUGUUGGAAUUGGUUGAAAUGGAAAUGAGAGACUUGUUGACUACCUACGGUUUCGAUGGUGAUGAGACUCCUGUUAUCAUGGGUUCUGCUUUGUGUGCCUUGGAAAACAAACAGCCAGAGAUCGGUGAGCAAGCCAUCAUGAAGUUGUUGGACGCCGUUGACGAGUACAUUCCAACCCCACAGCGUGACUUGGAGCAGCCUUUCUUGAUGCCUGUUGAGGAUGUCUUCUCUAUCUCCGGUAGAGGUACUGUUGUCACCGGUAGAGUUGAGAGAGGUGCCUUGAAGAAGGGUGAGGAGAUUGAGAUUGUUGGUAACUUUGACAAGACCUUCAAGGCUACUGUUACUGGUAUUGAGAUGUUCAAGAAGGAGUUGGACGCCGCCAUGGCUGGUGACAACGCUGGUAUCUUGUUGAGAGGUGUCAAGAGAGACGAGAUUACCCGUGGUGACGUUUUGGCUAAGCCAGGUACCGUCACUCCUCACACCAAGAUUUUGGCCUCCUUGUACGUUUUGACCAAGGAAGAGGGUGGUCGUCACAACCCAUUCGCUGAGAACUACAGACCUCAGUUGUUCCUUAGAACCACCAACGUCACUGGUACCAUGAAGUUCCCAGAUGGCGAGGAGGACCGCUCCCGUAUGGUGAACCCAGGUGACAACGUUGAGAUGGUCAUUGAGUUGGGUAGAAAGGCUCCAAUUGAGUUGAACCAGCGUUUCAACCUCAGAGAGGGUGGUAAGACCAUUGCCACUGGUUUGGUGACAAGAAUUAUUGAGUAA